AGCUCAUCGCACCUCCGCCAACGCGUUCCAGAGAGCGGCCGGGGGAGUGCCACCGGGGAGUCCACUGCAGUUUCCCUCUUCUCGCCCUGUAUCGUUAACAGCAUGGCGGGAGACUCGGCACCGAUAUGCAUUAUACGGCCCUACAGAAAAGGAGACGAGAACACCAUUAGAGAUAUAAUGACAGAGGCCACAAUGGAGACAGUUGGGGAUUUCUUCUGGUCCGCUGUCAUGUCGGAGGUCUUCCCACAGGUUGCUCUCCUGGUUAUUGCAUUCGCUUUCAUUGGACUGGGGGUACCCUUCUAUUUCUGCCUGUUCGGCAUACCAGUUGCAGUGGGUGUGAUAUACGGUGUGAUUUGGUCGGCUCAUUUAUUCAAGGCUAUGGAACUCCAUGAAGAUCUGAACAACAUACAGAGAACAUAUAUGGAAGAUCCUGACACUGGAUUCUGGGUUGCUGAAGUGUUGGAAGUCAGUGAGGCCAAUGAACUCGAUUCCCUUGUUAACAAAACUAAAAAGAUUGAAUAUCAUUUUCUUACUGAAGAAGAAUUCCAUGUGAGAAAUAUAAACAUGGAUGGCUUCAGGAAGCAUCUGGUUGGGACGGUUGCCAUCACCAAGUCUCAGCGAGGAGGACUCAGAGCAUGGCUGAGACGCAUGGCAGUGAGGAAGGCUUACAGACGCAGGGGAAUUGCCAUGCAACUCCUGGAGCAGGCCAUCCAGUUCUGCACAGAGAGGUGCCACGAGGGCAUUGAACUCAUCACAACGGAGUGCCACUAUAAGGCACGUGAGUUGUAUUACAAGAGAGGUUUCACAGCAGAGCACACCUAUUACAAGUACUAUUUCAAUGUGCGACAGCCAAUGUACCUCUUCUCAAUGCCUUUGAAGCCCCCCAAAGCAAACCUCGCUGAAGUAUCAACUAUGUAGAGCAUAAUCCUGUUGACAAUUAUGCUUGUUGACACUUUGUCUAGAUUCAUACUGAGUGUUUCAUACAUAUUUUUAUCUUCCAGGGUGAAUGACAAGAUUUCAGAUAGAAAAUGAAUAUAUGAACUAGAAGGCUUGUUGGGGAUAACUGUUAGUGCCUUAAGGUUGUUGUUUUGUUGUUAAGUAGUUCCUAGAUUUUCAGUAAGGAAGUAUUCAGGGUGAUAUGCAGUAGAGGUAAAAGUUGUAGAGUUUUUAGGGGAAAGUAAUAUGUAGAGUGGAGACAUCAUGAAAAAAAUGUGAUAAUAAUUUUAAAUGCUGUGAUGAACUAAACUUGUUUGAUAUGUCUCCAGAGGAACUUGGAAUUAUUUACAACCUUUGUUUGGAUUUUGAUAUUCUUUUGAAGGUCUAUGAAGUGCAAGUUGCACACUGUUUUUGUAUGUAACUUGUCAUCUCUUUCUUUCUGCAUGACUGAAAGAAACGUAAUUAUGCAAUUUAAUGCUUAUAUUACAGUUUUUUUCUUGCAAGGGUUUUAGCAAUCCUUGACAUAUGAAUCAGAUUAACUUGUCACAAAUUAACUUGUCACAAAUUAACUUUUUUGUAUGUAAUUUUCCUUUACUGGUACUGAAAUGGUAUGAUAUGCUAUACUGAAAAUUUCUUGUCCAAACUCUUUUCUUAAUCUGCUCAAUAUUGAUAGUAUAUUAGAUGAAUACAUUUCAUGGAAACCUUAAUAGUUUGACCUAUAAAUAAAUAAACUACCAGGAUAGUCCCAGAAUCUCUCAUUUCGUGUUCAUGCUCUUUGGUAUGAUUUUAUGACUGUUAUAGAUGAAUUUUAUAUUGGUGCAGCUCAUUUUUAGAUGACUUACAGACAAGAAAAUUGGAGUAUAAGAAAGUUAUAUCCCACUAAGCUGUUUCCAAGUGCUACCAUUGGAAUUAUUGACAUAUUUAUGUAAUUUGGUACAUGGGAUCAUAAGUUCUGAGCAAGAGUUAAAAUAAUUUUUUCUAUUUAUACUCAAUUUUUCCUUGUAUGCAUUCCUAAGUUACUUUGUUUCACAUGGAUUUUGCCCAUCUAAUACAUCAAACUGAAGCAUGGGAUUAGUUUCAUUGAUUUAUUAAGACAUGUGUAAGGGGGGUUUACACCAACUCAUUUGUCCAGGCCUUGAAGUUUUGUAGUGCUGCUUGUAUAUAUUUCUUAUUUUAUUUUUGUAAUGAAUUGCAUUGUACAUUACUCUUCAUUUCUCUAGGAGUUACAAAGAAAUACAAAGAUGGAACUGUUCCAUUACUUUUAAAUCAGAGUUUACACUUUACUGAAUAAACGUCCUUUGUAAAAAAAAAAAAAAUAACUAUAUUGUAAAUUUGUGAAGUGUAAAUUAUAAUAAAAUUAAAAUUUGAAGAUUAUUGCCUAAUAUUAGAACAUUCAUAAACACUAAACUAAUCGAUAUAUAAUUGUGCUGAAGGACAGUUCCAAUGCCGCAGGUCCAUCUUUUGAGAUACAUUGUCAUAUGCUGUAUUUCCCAAAAUGAAUUUAUCUAUCAUUGUUACUUUUAUUUUUGUAAUAUGAUGCCCACAAAUAAAGGAACACGUUGGUUAUAGA